CUCUUCCGAUCCCGGGAUACAUGGGAGGCUCCGCUUCGCACUGGCACGCGUUGGGUCGUAGGGGAUCCCUCAUCCCUCCUCCGGAAAGGAGUUUCCCCGCUCCGGUUCCUCCGGCGAGCGGGCUCCCUGGGCGCUAGGAGGGAACUCCAGGAGCCUCGGCCGCGUUGGAGCAAGCCGCUUUCCUCGCAAACUUUUUUUUCCUGGGCAAAAGCACCCCGAGCCCUGCCCGCAUCAGCUCAACUCCAGCAUGUAAAAGGGAGCGCCAGCGACGGCCCCUUUCUCUGCAGACGUGGCCCCUUCCGUCCCCAAGGGUAACACAGGUUGCUGCGAGGAGGAGACAUCCCCGCUUCCCCGCAGGAGUGAUGCUCGUCAGAGAAGUUUUUCUGCUCCUUCAGUGCUGCUGGUCUUCCCUGCUACUGCACUGGACCCUCCAUCCCAUCUGGGGCUUCAUUCAGAUCACUCAGGGUGAACCCCAGAAAUCAUGCGCCAAGCCGGUAGCAGAGAAAGUUACAGACAGUUGCCAACAGAUCUGCCAAUGUAGACCACCUCCGCUACCGCCACCGCCACCGCCUCCUCCGCCCCCCAGGUUGCUUGGGGUCCCAUCUCCUACCGUUCCAAGUUGCCCUACUCGAGAGACGUGGUGGCCAGGCCCAGUUAUAAUUAUUGCAGCAUGCUGUACCACACUAGUGUUCCUCUUUCUAGUUUUCAUCAUUUGCUACAAAGCCAUAAAAAGGAAACCGCUAAGAAAAGAAGAGAAUGGAACAAGUCGAGCUGAAUAUGCAAUGACCUCCUCCCAAAACAACAAGACAGUUGAUGCUAACAAUGCGGUGGUAUAAUUUUCGAGGCCCCUCUUGAGUAGUAAACAUUAAAAAGCACAUGCGGCGUCUGCAAGGUGGGUGGAACGAGAGCAUCGAGAGAAGCCCUGUGGCCGAGGACUUCAUUUCAGAAAUUGCGCACGUAUCAGUUAUUCUGAGAAGAAAAGCAGACGAGACUUCCUCUGUGGAUAGUUGAUUGUCACAAAGGGAGGGAUGAACUUGCCAGUCAGGGCUACUCUGAGAAAAGACCUCACAAAAAGGCACACUCACUGCAUGCCGCGUUAGAACAAAGCAACAUCAUUCCACUCCUUUCCUUUCCUUAUUUUUGAUUG